AUGACUCUUUUUAUACAUUUGUACUGUGUGAUAUGGAUAACGCUACUGACAGUCUGCUGCAGUACGACAGGUCGAGAAUUUAACAACGGACAGAAUGUAGUAUCUGUAGCUCCUAUAGAGGUUACUGAUGAAUCUAUGUACCCGAGAUUCGCCGAACCAAUUCCGAAUGUUACAGCAACUGUCGGCAGAGAUGCUUUACUGGCGUGCGUCGUUGAUAAUUUAAGAGGAUUCAAGGUGGCUUGGGUUCGUAUGGACACUCAAACAAUUCUGACCAUCCAUCAUAACAUCAUAACACAGAACACGCGCAUCAGUCUGUCAUAUAACGACCACCGUUCAUGGUUCCUACAAAUUAAAAAUGUACAAGAAGUGGACCGCGGUUGGUACAUGUGUCAAGUCAAUACAGACCCUAUGCGCUCAAGAAAAGGCUACCUUCAAGUUGUAGUGCCUCCAUCAAUCAUCGACAAUAUGACGUCUACUGACAUGGUAGUGAGAGAAGGCACGGACGUAACGUUAGUGUGUCGGGCUUCCGGCUAUCCUGAACCAUAUGUUAUGUGGAAGAGAGAGGAUGGACAAGAUUUCAACUAUAACGGAGAAUCUGUAAACGUAGUCGACGGCGAAACGCUAACCAUAACAAAGGUAUCUCGUCUCCAUAUGGGCGCCUAUCUCUGUAUCGCAUCCAACGGCGUUCCUCCAUCGAUCAGUAAACGCAUCAUGCUCAUGGUUCAAUUUCCACCAAUGCUUUCGAUACCAAAUCAAUUGGAAGGGGCGUACAUCGGUCAAGACGUGACAUUGGAAUGUCACACAGAAGCCUACCCAUCCUCAAUCAACUACUGGACUACAGACAAGGGGGAUAUGAUCAUUUCCGAAAUGGAAAUUGUAGGUGGCAAGUAUGAAGCAUUCCCCGUGGAUAGCGGCUACAACAAAUUUAUGAUGUUGAAGAUUCGUAACAUCACCAAAGAAGAUUUUGGCUUUUACAAAUGUAUUGCGAAGAACUCCUUGGGCGAAACGGACGGCAUCAUCAAACUCGAUGAAAUACCAGCACCUCCGUCAGCUUUUACAACUACACAAAAAUCUGUACUCGAUAAUCAAACGAUCCGGAAGAAAGGUCAACUUCAGAUUUAUCAAGCAAAUGACGCAGUCAGCUCUACAUUCCAAGGUGAAGCUUAUGGUGAACAAAUACGAGAUUUUGAUUUCUAUGAAACGGAAAACGCAUCAUCGAGCCCGAAAUUAGAAAAACUUUUAUAUGUAACACUUUUAAUUCGGCAAAUAAUAAGUAUAGUUUGUGUACAUUCU